AUGGUCAACGCAUUCGCUGAGGAGCUGAAGGCUCGUGGUAACGAGGCCUUUGCGGCGAAGAACUAUGAGGAGGCCAUCGUACUUUACGACAAGGCCAUCGAGGUGGACUCAACGAACUUCAUCUAUUACAACAACCGCGCCGCGGCGUACCACGAGCUCAAGAACUACGCCAAGGCGAUCGAGGAUGCCAACAAGUCCAUCGCGAUCGAGAACAACGCCAAGGCGCACGCCCGUCUCGGAGCCGCGCUGUGGGGACAGAUGAAGUACCGUGAGGCAAAAAACGAGUUCGAAGUGGCAGCGGCAAUGGAUCCCUCUAAAACGUCCAUCAAGGACAGCAUUCAAGCCCUGGAGCAGCUCAUCAACCCAAUGGCCUCCUCCUCCGCCUACGCGAAUCGCCGCGGUGUGCCGCACCCGUACGAGUACGCCCGCGCGGCGGCAGCGGCCAGCGCGGCAGUGCAGACGUUUGGCGGCGAGUUUGUUUCUGUGGAAACAGGCACGAUCGGCCUCGUGCUUGACGUCGCCGUCAUCGUAUUGGCGGCAAUGCAGGUGGUGGCGUCGAUUUUUGCGCCGUCCAUGGCGAGCACCCUCUGGACGUACGUUCUGCUCAUCACCAUGGGCCAGCAGGCCAUGGUGAUGCGCAUGCGUAACCUCCUGCAGUUCAAGAUGGACAUCCUGAGCUCGUGGACGUCGCACUUCCCCUCUCUGCUGUUCGCCCUAUGCUUCUUUGCCCAGCUCACCGGCGUUCGGCCGAUCAUGUUUAUGGUAGUCUUCAUUGCCGCCUACGGCGUGCUCGAUCUGGUGCACAAGCGCCAGAAGGUCGCCGCCCUGAUGGGUCCCAUGUACCAGUUUAUUGCCCCGUACAUGCAGCAGGCCGAUUUGGCUAAGGACGCGAUUCACGUCUUCACCGCUACUGUCGAAGCGCUGCUCCUGUUCACUGUCAUGCUCACCGGCGGCACCUUCUUCACGCUGGUGUACAUUCAGUACGCAAAGUACCGCUACAACCACGACGGCUACGUGAAGCUCGCCUUCAAGGGCUUGCGGAUGAAUAUCACCCGCAUGACUACCAAGUCAUUUAUGCCGCAGGCGGUCGACCGCUAUGCCCAAAAAUUCUUUGACCUGCUCGACAAGGUCGCCAGCCAGUCGAUUUAA